GUGUCAGCAGUCUGUCACAAUUUAGACCCUUUUCGUCUGGAUCGUGCGCCAGACAGCUUCCUAACUCCACUCCUCGUCGACAGGCUCACCGUCUUCCUGAUAGGCUUCAUCGGCUUGCACGCGGCCUCACUUGGCUCCAGCAGUUUUGUUGAAGAGGAGCACCAGCUGUGGUACCACUACUCGGCCAGCUUCUUGCUUCUGCUCUUCUUCAUCACUCUGGGCGCCAGAGUGUCCGAAGAGCUGCCUCUUCACAGCCAGCCUGCCUCGAUGCCCGCGAUACCUUCCAGUCCUCCGCCCAAUCUGGCCGUUUCUGGCGGGCAGGGCGGUGUUGCCAACCCGUCGGUACUAGCGGCUGGUCUAUCACCCGCCAUCCUAAAACGUCGAAGGCGCUGGCAUCUCGGCCUGUUGCUCGGCGUCUUGAUUGGCGAGCGCGUCUGUUUGCGGCGUCUGCAUGCUACCGGCGACGCCUGGAUUCAUCUGCCCGACAUCGCAGACUGGCUGACCUUGCCUGAGAACAGUGGAACUUUGUUUGAGCUUCAACUCUUCGCCUGGCUGCUGCUGAUCGCUUACAGAGUCAACUGUAUCUGGAGUCAACGCCAUGCUCAAUUCCUUGGCAAAGAAAAUCGGUACCGCCUCUUCUCUUUCUUCACCUCGUUCUCAAUUGUUACUCUCACCGGCGUCGCUACCACACAAUUGGUCUAUCGAUACUUGACGACUAGGCAUAUGUUCUCGUCGGAUACCCAAAGCGGACCAGAUAAGAUAAACUGUCAUUUAGAACGAUCACCUGUCUCUGAACCUGCAAACUGUGCCUCUACCUUUCUAGAAGAGAAUGACCUGACUUAUAAAUCCUUUAGCUAG